AUGUUUAUUCGACGUUUGAAGAUCCGUGAUCAGCCGAUAAAUAUUUUUGGUGAUGGUUUAUAUCAGGCGCAAGUUAAUGUUCAAACAUCGGUGAUAAUCGAUGCACGUUCAUCUUAUAAUCCGACGGACGAAGUCAAGAUCGUCAUUUUACCACCAGAACGUUCCGAUCUUGUUGAAGUUGUCAAUCAAGGUGAUGGCAUAUGGACGAUUAAUUACAUUCCAUAUGAAAUUGGGGAAAUGCAACUGAUGAUCUAUCUUGCCGAAAAGCUCAUCCAUCAAUAUCCGUACAGGAUCAAUGUUUUCGACAUCAAUCAAGUUAACAUAUCAAAUCUAACGGACGGUCACGUAAAUCAGGUCGUUCGAUUCAGUAUAGAUACGAUUCGAGCUGGUAUUGGACAAUUGGAAGUGUUCGUACAAGAUGGACAAGUUCUAUGCAAUGCCAUCUCAUACGGCAACUCACAAUUUGAUGUUAGUUUUCUUCCACGACAAACUGGUCUACAUAAGAUCGAUAUUCGAUUUAAUGGAUUAACUAUUCCAGGUAGCCCGUUUUCUUGUCAGAUCGAUGAAUUACAACGAAUGAUAGUAUCUAAUCAUUUGACGAAUGUUCAUGUCGGACAUCCGGCUUCGUUUGAUAUUUGCAAUCAAUCAUUAUCAUUUGACAUUAAUAUCACUGGCCUGCAUCGCGUAGAUGUACGAUCGAGUCGAAAAAUGGAGAUAUAUGGUUCGCCGUUUAUACUUCAAUCAUUUGAUACAAAUCGUAUAGUGGUUUCGGAAAUACCACGUUUUAUUAUUUAUAAUCAACCAGCUGAAUUUACAAUCGAUGCAUUGAAAGCUGGUGAAGGACAAUUGGAAGUUGCGAUCAACAAUGGUCAAGUGCCCAAUAAGGUCAAAUCUUUGGGCAAAUCCAAGUUUCACUUUACCUUUCUUCCAACGUCAAAUAAUCUACAUCAACUGUCGGUCAAAUUCAACGGACACGAUAUUCCUGGCUUUCCAAAAGAAUGCCAUGUCAUUACAGCUGAUGACAUCAAAAUUCAUGGGCCCGGUCUUAGCCAGGUUCUACUUGGCGCUCAAACUUGGUUCACGAUUGAUACAGCCCAUGGCAGCUCGUCGAACAUCGAUGUGACCGUAUUUUCUCCCACGGGCGAAUCCACCACUCCGUCAACACUGUUAACUAUUGCUGGACUUCGAGUGGAUUGGACCCCGACGGAAAUUGGAACUUAUAGAAUUCAUGUGGAGUUAAAUGGGAAACUCAUCCCUGCUAGUCCAUUCUAUGUGAAAUGUUAUGAUCCGAAAAAGGUUCUCGUCACACCGACAACAAAUAGUAGUGCUAUUGGCAAGCCAACUAAAUUUCGAAUCGACGCAUCGAUGGCAGGUGAAGGUAAUCUCGAGAUUAGUGUGAACUACUCUGGUCAAAAUAUACCCAACGAUGUGAAUCCAACCGGAAAGAGUUGUUAUGAAGUUCAAUUCAUUCCGCACAAAGCAACGACACAUUAUUGCAAUAUACUUUUCAACGGCGAACUUGUCCCGGGAAGUCCAUUUCCUGUCAAUGUUAUGGAAAAUCAGCGUGUUACAGCAAUGGGAAAAGGUCUGGGCUCCAAUCCGAUCAACAUUCCCACGUCGUUCACUGUUGUCACUCAAAACGAUGAUGUCGGAAAAUUGAAAUGUUCGAUAAAAGGACCCAAUGAUCAUCUAAUCUCAUGUAUCACAACCAAGAUCGAUCCCAAUCGAUACGAAGUCACUUACACACCUGAUCGUGUCGGUGAAUUUCAUAUCGAUGUUCUCCAUGAUGACAUACCUAUUGACGGUAGUCCAUUUACAUCACAGUCGUAUGAUAUAAAUAAAAUCAAAACGUUCGAUUUUCCGUCAUCAACAACUGUGAGCACGCCGACAUCAUUCAUCAUCGACGCAACCGAUUCGGGUGCCGGCAAUCUGGAAAUCGCCAUAUCACGAGAUGGAAAGAACAUUCCAAACUAUGUGCAAAACGAAGGCGGUGCUCGUUUUCGUGUUAAUUUCCUUCCCGAUAAACCUUGCGCGCAUUAUAUACGAAUCAAACUCAAUGGCAUUCACAUUCAUGGAUCACCAUUCAUCUGUAAUGUUUUCUCAAGUGAAUUAACGUUUGAAAAUUAUGAAUAUGCCUCGAUUAACAAGCGAACAUCGUUGGUUAUCAAGCCGAAAACUCAUUCGAUGUUUAAUCCUAACAUUCACGUCGAGAUCGUCACACCAGCAGGAAAGAAAUUAAAAAGCAAAAUCGAAAAAUUAUCACCAAAAUUCUUCACUGCUGACAAUUAUCGAGAGAACUUAGCGUUACGUCAUCCAUGUAAUUCGAUCAACAAGCGUCUUCAACCGUACAUUACAUGGACAGAAAAACUUGCCAGUAGUCAAUACAAAGUUCAGAAAGAUGCUUGCGGGCAGCUUAGUUCUGGUCCAGCAUGUUGUACACACGAAAUAAUGAAUACUUAUGCAUUGUCUUAUGGAACAGAAUUGCAAAAGUUAAUCGAUGCUGAAUUCGAUCGUUUCACACGAUCGUUAUUCCUAUCAAAAGAACAAAUCGAUAUCUGGUCGAAAGAAUACAUAACUGAAUUGCGUCGUUUAACCAUUUCAUCUUUGGAAACACUCUUUGGUACCAAAGAAUAUCGUUCGAAUGUUCAUCAAUCCGUUCUAAGUUUGUUUAAUACAUUGAGUAACAAUCAAUCAUCUGUUGAUGAUGUGUCCAAAGCGACAAUAGAUUUAUUCAAUCAAUUGAUUAUUUCAUUAUAUCGACAAUUUAUGGUGGAUAACAAAGAACUCGUUCUUGAUGCUAAACUUAAAAAAUGUCUCGUGAACAAAGCAUUCGAGAUCGAUGCGUUAUCAUCUCAACGUGAAUUGCUCUAUAUUUUAACAAGUGGUUCAUCUCUACUUCAACUCUUUCGAACAAUGAUUGUUUACAUCCAUGCAGAUAUUCGACGAAUAACAUCGCUGCCAACAAUGACUUCAAAUUCAUGUAUACAACGCUAUGCUAGAGAAACACUGUGUCCGUUAUGUGUUAAUAUAUCAAGAUUUAAUCAAAUGAUUAAUGAUAAUAAUGAACCUUUGUGUGAAGGUGAUUGUCGAUAUGCGACUGAAACUUGUUUCAAUCAAACAAAUGGUUCAUACAUGGAAUUUGCGACAGUGUUUAAAAACUAUUCGUUGAUCGUACGAGACAUCGAACAAACAAUAGUCGAUCUUAAACUUGUUGAACGUCUUUCGAAACUACAUAUCUAUCUCUAUGAUAUGGUUGUUAAAGCAAUAAAUAGUCGCCAGAUAUACACUCAACUUCAAAAAGCUUGUUCUGAUCCAAAUGCGAAAUCAUUCAGUCCUUUACUUUCCCUUCCACCAACGAUCAGCGAACGACGCGAACUUGUUUAUCAAUGGAAUCGAUCAUUGCAUUUCGUACUAAAACAACUUCAAUCGUCUAUUGAUACUCUCCACAUUCAUUUGACUGAGAAGAUAAUUACAGAUAUUUGUUCCAAUUCGAAUUAUGCUGUCAAAUCGAAUCGAUGUACACAAAUCGAUAAACAAAAUGCAAAGUAA